CCCAAAUUGCUCCCUACCCCGGUCGCCCUCACCUCGCGGCUUCGAUCAUGAGCGUCGCCGCCGAGUCACCGUCGCCGUCCCUGCCUUCCCUCAGCGAAGGCGACGAUUUCGCCGACAUCCUGGACGCGGAGCUCGAGCUCGCCUCUGCCGCUGACUCCGCCUCCCGUGGCGAGCCCCCUGGGUCACCCAGCGACGACGAAGCGGAGGAGGAUGAGGAGGAUUUGGUGCUCGAACUAGAUGCCGUAGGGCAGGGAAGGACUGAAUCUGGCUACUGUCAACUGCAUUAAAUGUGCAGUCACAAAAGGUGUAGAGUGGCGGAACAGCACCAAGAUCAAGGAACAGCAACAAGGCCUGAAGAAGAUGCCAUUGCAGGCUCAGUUAAAGAUGCUCAAAUCAAGAUAUGUCCUCCACAUACUGGAUUUAUUGGUGGACUUUGCUAUAUAUGCGGGAAAAACCAAGACGAAGAAGAUUUUACAGGAGUCCCUUUUGGUUACAUCGCUGAGGGUUUGAGGCUAAGUAAUUCAGAAAUGGACAGGCUAAGUGGAUCUGAAGUGAAGAAUCUGUUGCGUGAAAGAAAACUGGUGCUUAUUUUAGAUUUGGAUCAUACAUUGAUUAACUCAACCAGACUCCAUGAUAUUUCUGCUGCUGAGAUGGACCUGGGAAUUCAAUCUGCUGCAUCAAAAAAUGAUCCAGACAGAAGCUUGUUCACCUUACAAGGGAUGUGUAUGCUUACAAAGUUGAGACCCUUUGUCCGUAAAUUUUUGGAAGAAGCAAGCAAUAUGUUUGAGAUGUAUAUCUACACCAUGGGUUUCAAGGCUUAUGCAAUCGAAAUAGCAAAGCUUCUUGACCCUGGCAAUGUCUAUUUUGAUUCAAAAGUGAUUUCUAACUCUGACUGCACUCAGCAGCACCAGAAAGGUCUUGAUGUGGUUCCUGGAGCUGACAGUCUUGCAGUGGUUCUUGAUGACACUGAGUAUGUCUGGCAGAAGCAUAAAGAAAACCUGAUUCUGAUGGAGAGAUAUCAUUAUUUCGCUGCGAGCUGUCGACAUAGCGGCCAAUCUUUGUCAGAGUUGAUGCAGGAUGAAAGGGAGAGCGAUGGUGCUCUGGCUACAAUUCUGGAUGUCCUGAAGCGCAUACACACGAUUUUCUUUGACUUGGGUGUUGGAACUGCUCUUUCUUCUCGAGACGUAAGACCGGUAAUCAAGAGGAUGCGGCAGGAAGUACUGCAGGGCUGCAAACUGGUCUUCAGUCGAGUGUUCCCGUCCGAUUGCCGGCCGCAGCAUCAGAUAAUGUGGAAGAUGGCCGAGCAGCUGGGCGCCGUCUGCUGCUCGGAGGUGGAUCCCAGCGUUACGCAUGUGGUCGCCGUGCAUGCCGGAACGGAGAAGGCCCGCUGGGCUGUCAAACACAAGAAGUUUUUGCUCCACCCCCGCUGGAUCGAAGCCUGCAAUUAUCGCUGGCACCGCCAGCCGGAGGAAGAUUUCCCUGUACCUGGCCUAAAGGAGGACAAGGGCAAGGAAAAAGUUGCAGAGAUUGCCCACCUGUAACUGAGUAUAACUGACUCAUGUAGAUAAGAGUAUACGCAGUUGAUUAACUGAGAGGUCUUGAUUAACUACAUGUUCGCAACCGUGAUCCUGACUUACCAGACCCUCUGGGCUAAUCGCUGCAAUAAUAUUCAGAAACGGGAAUUACUAAAUGACUGGGCCUCUACGUUGUUUCGUCUAUCUGAGAGAUUAUAGACCUUUUUCUCUAUGCUUUGUAAUUUCUUCUCUCUUACCCCUGUCUGUAACUCUGUUCUCGUGUAACCGCUCCUCAAUUGGUAAUAAAGUUCAGGUAGGCGUAA